AUGGAAGGAUAUAGAAAUAUGUUUGACGAUUAAUUAUCUACUAUCUGGUCUGCUCCUAAUUAUUGUUAUAGAUGUGGUAAUAUUGCAGCUAUUUUAGAAUUAGAUGAAAAUUUAUAAAAAACCUUUAAAACUUUUGAAGCUGCUCCUUAAGACAAUAAAAAUAUACCUUAGAAAAAACAGCUUCCAGAAUAUUUUUUAUGA